UCAAUGAAACCCGUAACCAGAAGCGCAUCAAGCCACCCAUUGUUCCUGUUGGAGUUGUGAAUAUGGUACUGUUUUUGGUAGUUAAGAACAAGGGAGAUCACAAACCUUUGAAUGUAGGUGCUACGCUCUUGAUCACUGAAACAAAAGCCCCAUUGGGUCGUGUGGAUGGGUAUUUCUUUGGAUCUUUAACAAAUCCUCACUAUAUUGUGAGAUUGGCGGAUUCAGAGAUGCAAGUCCCUCAAAGUAUAGGUCUCUCGUUCAUUGAGGAAUUUACACAACAUAUUGAGGAAGAGGAUCUGUACAAGAGAUUUCAUUAUCCAACCGGAUAUGAGUUUGACUUAAUUGAAGAAGAAGGUGAGUGCGGCCCAAUGGAAGUUUUGGGAAGGACUUCAUAUCAUUAUGAAAACCGAAUAUUUUGUUUGCAGCAAUAUGAACCAAUGAUGUACCAGCAAGAGCAGAUAUUCAUGAGACCUGAGACCAACCAGCAAGAGCAGCAAUAUCAACCAAUGAUGUACGAGCAAGAGCAGCAAUUCGUGAGACCUGAGACCAACCAGCAGAACCAAAUGGGCAUUAAUCUUUUCCCAAGGCAAGCUCCAAUGAUGCAGCACCAGCAAUUCAUGAGACAUGAGAGUAGUCAGCAGAACCAAAUGGGCAUUAUCCCAAAUCUAGUCCAAAACCAAGCUCCAAUGAUGUACAACCAGCAGCAGAAUUUCAUAAGACCUGCUGAGAUUAUCCCAAACCAAUCUCUGAUGCUAGUAGCAGAUCUGGUUGGGUACCUGAAGCAGUAUUUGAGUGGUCAGAUGUCAACAGUAGUACAAGGUGGACCGUCAGGAUCGUUUGGUGUAAAUCUGAACUAUCACAACCAACAACAGUUUGGAUCGGAGAUGGAUUUCAAUCCCCAAACGCAGCCCACAAUAAUGGAGUCUCAGCUGUAUGACGCUGGACCAUCUUCGUACCGUGGUGGGAGAGGUCGAUACUAGCACAACUGCAGAAGCCUAAGUAAAACGAUUCUUGAUAUCUAUUUUGAACCCUUUU